GGGCACACCUGGGGGCCCCUGUCUGAGCCUCAGUCUCCUUAGCUAUAAAAUCAUAGGCACCACAGGGUUUUGUCUAUUUCACCUCUGUAAAAUGCUUAAAAAAUAAAGACUCCUCACCCACUGCCUCCCAGGGAGGUACAGCCAAGGUCCUGGCCCAGAGCGAGCGCUCCUUCAUCUGACCUCACUCUUGACCUUCUGGAAUGCUCUGUCCCUCCUCCAAGGCCCCCAGCUGGGGCGUCCAGGCGCCUAUAACAGGGGUCCAGCUACCCCGGCGCUCUCACCACCAUGGAUCCCAUGGAUCCUAGCCCGCCGACCUGGGCGCUGGUGCUACUGGUCCCCGUGCUGGCGCUGGCGCUGGGCCCUGCACCCGACCCCGAGGCGUCACCGGAGAAGCUGUGUGGUGCCCACUUCGUGCGCACGCUGGUGCGAGUGUGCGGGGGCCCGCGCUGGUCCCCUGAGGCCGGGCAGCCCGCGGCCCGCGGCGACCGUGAGCUGCUGAAGUGGCUGGAGGGACAUCUCCUCCAUGGGCUGGUGGCCAACAGGGACCUGUAUGGGAUCAAAUUGACAACAGUAACUUGAAGAUUAGAUAGGAACCUUAGGGGCAGUGCAUCUGUUAACAGGGGAGGAACAAGUCAGAAAAGGAGAAUGAGAAUG